UCCAAGAGAACUCGGAACAGUUUAAGCUGUAACAGCAACUCCAGGGAGGCCUAAAAGCCACAAGUCAGAGAGCCACGAUCUGAAGCAAUGCAAGCAUUUACCACCGAGAACCGGAUGGCACCUACGGUGAUCCUGGAGCCCGCAGGUGGCUGCCUUUGUGACCAGCCGGUGCACAUCGCCGUGCGCGGCCUGGCCCCCGAGCAGUCCAUUACGCUGCGCUCUACCCUGCGGGACGAGAAGGGCGCGCUCCUCCGAGCCCACGCGCGCUACCGCGCCGACGCCCACGGAGAGCUCGACCUGGCGCGCGCGCCCGCACUGGGCGGCAGCUUCGUGGGAAUCGAGCCCAUGGGGCUGCUCUGGGCCAUGGAGCCCGAACGGCCUCUAUGGCGCCUGAUCAAGCGCGACGUGCAGACGCCCUUCGUGGUGGAGCUUGAGGUGCUGGACGGACACGAGCCCGACGGCGGACGGCUGCUGGCCCGGGCGGUGCACGAGCGUCACUUCAUGGCUGCCGGGGUGCGGCGCGUGCCCGUGCGCGAGGGCCGGGUGCGCGCCACGCUCUUCCUGCCCCCAGGCACGGGGCCCUUUCCUGGAAUCAUAGACCUUUUUGGAGUUGGAGGUGGCCUUCUGGAGUAUCGGGCGAGUCUGCUGGCUGGGAAGGGCUUUGCUGUCAUGGCUCUGGCUUAUUAUAACUAUGACGACCUCCCGAAGGACAUGGACGUUAUCCACCUGGAGUACUUUGAGGAAGCUGUGACCUAUCUGCUUCGGCAUCCUCAGGUAAAAGGUCCAGGAGUUGGGGUGCUUGGUAUUUCCAAAGGGGGUGAACUUGGCGUUGCCAUGGCCUCCUUCCUGAAAACUAUCACAGCCGCUGUCAUCAUCAAUGGCUCCAUAGCCAACGUUGGUGGAACCUUACGGUACAAGGAUGAGACCGUGCUCCCCUUGGGCAUGAACACCAAGCGAGUCAAGAGGACCAAAGAUGGCCUCAAGGAUAUUGUGGAUGCACUGAACAAUCCUUUGGAAGGACCUGACCAGAAGAGCUUGAUUCCCGUGGAAAGGUCUGACACGACCUUCUUGUUCCUUGUAGGUCAGGAUGAUCACAAUUGGAAGAGCGAGUUCUAUGCCAAUGAGAUCUCCAAACGCCUGCAGGCCCAUGGGAAGGAGAAGCCGCAGAUCAUCUGCUACCCAGAGACAGGCCACUAUAUUGAGCCCCCUUACUUCCCACUGUGUAAGGCUUCCCUGCACACCCUGGUGGGUGGUCCUGUCAUCUGGGGAGGGGAGCCCAGGGCUCAUGCCAUGGCCCAGGUGGAUGCUUGGCAGCAACUCCAGACUUUUUUCCACAAUCAUUUGGAUGGUGAAAAGAAGACGAUCCCAGCAAAACUGUGAUUUUUAUUUAAGUUUUAUUUUAUUUAAGAUCUCUGAUGCUUCUCUCUCCUGGGAAACCCUCCUCUCUCUCUUUCUCUCUCUCUCUCUUUCUCUCUCUCUCUCUUUUCUCUCUUUUUCUCUCUCCCUCUCCCUCUCUCUUUCUCUUUCUCUGUGUGUGUGUGUGUUUCUCUUUUACAUCAAUGUAGAGUCUUCCCCUCCUCCAACUUAUUUGUAGCUGCAGGCCUUAUUGAUAAGUUUUGGAGGGGAGUGAUUAUACAGAAUAAGGCAUUGUAGAAGCUGAUCUCUUGCCAGGGCUCAGCCUGCUGGCCUGAUGUAACACUAAAAGAAAGACCAAGUCACUGCUACAUCCCUGGAGUUCAGGGCUUACUUGCUAAAUGGCUGGCUAAAAACAAAUGAUUACCUGCUGUUUAAAUAAACAUCAACAGGAACUGGAUAUAGCCCAGCAGUUAAGGGCAUACACUGCUCCUGUAGGACCCAAAUUUGGUUCCCAGCACCAGAACCAAGCAGCUCACAACUGACUGUAACUCCAGCUCUGAGAGAUGCAGAGCUCUCAUCUGAUCUUCUCGGGCGCCCAUACACACAUGUUCAUACCCACACACGCACACAUACACAUGAAUAAAAAUACAUGGUUUGAAAGAAUAAAUAUUUGCGAGAUGGUGACACACACCUUUCAUUUGGGCAGAUCUCUGCAAGUUGGAGGUCAACCUUGUCUACAGAGGAAGAUCCAGGACAGUGAGGGUUACACAGAGAGCAAAGAAACCCUGUCUGAAAAACAAACAAAAUCAUAAGCAAUGGCCCUUCUCUAUGGGCUCUAUCCUGUGGAUUCCACUGGCUGUAGAUUUAUAUAUAUAGACUUUUACACGCUAUCACCACUACACCGCAGUUACUCGGAGAGCAUUUAUGCUGUAGUUCACAUUCUAAGUAGUCUACAAGUGACUUAAAGGAUGUAUGCAUAUUGUCUGGGAAUACUGUUCUAUCUGAGACAUGUCGGCCACUGCAGAUUUGCCAUCUGUAGCAAAUACUCAUGAUUACCAGUGGGCAACUCUAAUAUCAAACUUGCUGUGACCUUAUUUGGAGAUGAGUUUCUUAUUUGGAGAUGGAGUUACCAUCUUAGCCACCAACUAAUAAGAGCCAAAAAAUAUCAAAUUUCAAAGGAACUUCGGUGCCAUGCACCACCACUGCCCCGCAUUUUCAGCUGCUUGAUUGGAGCAUUUCCUUAUGAACAACCCACUGCCUACUUCUAGCUGCACAACUAACAAGGAACCCUGUAAUACUGAACCAGGGAGAUGCUCUGCAGCUGCUGAUCUUACUGCUACUGGAAUGCACCAUUGUGCUGCCAAACCUAGAUAGCAAAAUAUAUGAAAACCUUGCCUUUACCUUGGCCAAAAGCCCUAUGUGUAGAAUUGACGAGCUAAGGGCCACCCUUUGAAUGAGGUAAGCUCACCAAUCAAAAUAGUCACUGGAUUCCCCCACACAUUUGCUUCAGUUUUCAUCUACCUCAGAUUAACAAAGGAAAUAUGCUUCAGUGUUAUGAAGGUGUAAUUAAGAUUAUAGGCAAAGAAUACCAGGAUGCAAUGUAUUGGAGCUAAGCACUGAGCUCACUUGAGACUGAAAAGGCGGGUAGGUGUUAAAAAGCAGCAUGUUAUGAGACCUGCCUUAAAUAAAAAAUAAAUAAAUAAAUAAAUGGUUUACAUCCUUCAAAAGGUUAGAUUAUAGGACAAAUUAAUAUAUUAAAAUUUGACUAUUUUGUUAGAAAUA